ACAGGAGUUUACGCCACCCAGGUAUAUACGAAGAUGAUGCAGCGCAGCCCUGGGGCCAGUAGUUCUUAAGUGGCCUGUCCUUCUGUCGAAUCUGGAAUCUGAACAAGGCCUUUUACAUAGAUUGUCCUGGCUUGAUCUGAUUAACACCCACAUUAUCACAAUGUCUGCCAGGUAUCUUCUCUUUGCCCCCCUCCUGAGAUCAGCUUUAGCAGGGAGCCUCAACACAGGUUCCUUCUCCUCCUCGCUCUCCCCCUUCUCAGCAUGCAACUACAAGUCGCCAUCUAGCGUGACAGCAUCUGACGGCAACGUGGAAUUCUACUUUGAUGAGAGCGACUUCAACGACACCCGUGACGACAAGGGGGUCGAGAUCUGCGUCUUCGAAGACGGGACAACCACCAACGUUGCCCAGAUGACGAAGGAAGGAUGGCAGGGCUUCAAGCUCUAUGCCUCAUCAGACUCAUUCCCAACCGACAGAAGCACCAUCAUCGCACAGCAGUUCUGUCCUGGAGGUUGCUCGUCCUGGUGCGGUGCGUUGCAGAUCGUUGAUAACGCGCUUGUGGCUGAGCACCGCGCUGCCUGCGGAGAGGCUACAACGACCACAGUUGUUGCGGAUAUUGAGCGCGAUACUUGGCAUGAUGUCGUCGUGCAUAUGAGAGUUUCACAAGUGGAAGACGGCGCGUACGAGGUUUGGUGGGAUGGGACGCAGGUGUACAGCGUGGAUGGCACCGAUAUUGGCUUUGGGACGUGGGACGGGGACGAAAUAUCUUCUGGGUGGUAUUUUUAAAAACGGGAUGUAUGCCUUUGAUACGGAGGAUUACGUCGACGGUAGGACCAGGACGUUGUUGUUUGAUAACGUGAGCUGGUACGAGGCUGAUGGCGAUGAAACGGACGGAUAUGAUACUGUUGCCCCAGGGAGUGCUAGUUAAUCGGCUUUUGAAUUUUGGGUUACUUAGGGUAAAUGAAUCUACUGCACGGUAG